CCGGAAAAUGGCAAUAUAUAUAAAGCUUAUUUCUAGGGAUAUUUUUCAUUAGUUCGGUCACUCUCUCUUCCUCAGCUUCUGAUUAUCCUGCGAUAUAUUUACCAAAAAUGACUGAAUCUGUAACUGCCGUUCCUAGCGAUGAGUUGCUCGAAUGGCCUAAGAAGGACAAACGUCGCUUAUUACAUGCUGUUUAUCGUGUUGGUGAUCUUCAGCGUACCAUUAAAUUCUACACAGAAUGCUUGGGGAUGACAUUAUUGCGGCAAAGAGAUAUUCCAGAAGAGAAAUACUCCAACGCAUUUCUUGGAUUUGGUUCAGAAGAAUCUCAUUUUGUGGUGGAGCUUACUUACAACUAUGGAGUUGACAAGUAUGAUAUUGGAACUGGCUUUGGACAUUUUGCUAUUUCAUCUCCUGAUGUUUACAAGCUGGUGGAAGACAUCAAAGCUAAGGGUGGAACUAUCACAAGGGAACCUGGUCCAGUUAAAGGUGGGACGUCUAUCAUUGCUUUUGUGAAAGAUCCUGAUGGUUACAUCUUUGAGUUAAUUCAAAGGAGUUCUCCUGAACCACUCUGUCAAGUGAUGCUUCGUGUGGGGGAUCUUGAACGUUCUAUUAAAUUUUAUGAGAAGGCUUUGGGAAUGAGGGUAGUGAAGAAGGUGGACAGGCCAGAACAGAAGUACAGCAUAGCCAUGCUGGGGUAUGCUGAGGAACAUGAGACAACUGUUCUGGAGUUAACAUACAACUAUGGUGUUACUGAAUACACCAAAGGCAAUGCAUAUGCACAGGUUGCCAUUGGAACGGAUGAUGUGUACAAAAGCGCUGAGGUUGUGAGCAAAAUUACGGAAGAGCUUGGGGGUAAGAUAACAAGAGAACCGGGACCUAUUCCUGGACUGAACACCAAGAUCACUUCCUUCUUAGAUCCAGAUGGUUGGAAGACGGUUCUGGUGGACAAUGAAGACUUUCUUAAGGAACUGGGGAAGUGAGUUUAUGCAUGGCAAAGAAGUAUAAAUAAAUAAAUAAAAUAUGAAGUCAGGAUGUGUGUUCUUUGGCUUGAUAUUCAUCUAUGCAAACUUUGUAGCAAUGUUGUAGGUGAUGAUGAUCUAUGACUGGUGAACCCCUACUCCUUUUUAUCUAAUAUAUAUAUAAUAUGAUCUUUGUGUU